AUGUCCAGUUUCUUUACCCUGCUCUCCGAGAAGCGCAACUUCCCCAAACCAGUCAGUGAGUCUUUCGCAGGAAGGACGAUCCUGGUGACAGGCGCGACAUCAGGAAUUGGCCUCGAGGCUGCGAAGAAACUAGCAGUGCUACACGCCAACAAACUCAUCAUCACUGCAAGAAAUGAAAGUAAAGCGAAUGCGGCCAAGAAGGAGGUCGAGGCUUUCGUCCGAGCCUCAAGCUCGAUACAGGCGGCAGAUCUAGACUCACAAAUUGUGACGCGUGUGCUUGACAUGGGUUCGUUCGCCAGUGUCCAGGCAUUCGUCCGUAACCUGCAAGCGGACUUUCCGAGACUUGAUGGAGUGGUCCUCAAUGCGGGAGCAAUUUUCACUGAAUGGGGUCAGAGCGAGGAUGGAUGGGAGAAUAACAUCCACGUUAACGCUCUGAGCACCUUCCUCCUUGGUGUGCUCCUGCUUCCGCUCCUCAUUGCGCAAGCAGAUACUGGGAAGAGCGCCUACAGGCCCCAUCUGACGUUUGUCUCCUCGGGCAUGGCCUGGGUGGUCAAUGCAGACAAGGAGAAGGCGUGGACUGCAAGCGAUGAGGCUCUGGAAUUCGUUAGUGUUCAGAAGAAUUUCCCACCUGGCGGAGUAGGAGGUCAGACCCAGUACGCACGGUCCAAACUUAUAUUGGAAUAUGCAAUCCGUCAGCUGGCAGAUUCACCUGCCAUCAAGGGCGCCGAUGGCCAUCCCAAAGUCAUCAUCAAUUCUACAUGUCCUGGCGUCACGAAAAGUGAUCUCGGGCGACGAUUCACGAGCUUCGUAUUCAAGAUCGCUGUCUGGAUCUUCUUUAACUUGUUCUCCCGUGAGACUGAACAAGGCGCCAACACCUUGCUUAGUGCUCUGUUGCAAGGCGAAGACUUACAUGGACAUAUGUGGAAGAACGAUCAGAAAUAUCAACCCAAAGGCAUUUAUGUCACUCCUGACGGGAAGAAACUCGGGGACAAAGUCUGGAGAGAUGUCCGGCAAGUCACGCUGAAGGCUGACCCAAGCACAAAGGCGUACUUACCUGCCUAG